AUGGACUUGGCAGGCGUCCUGCUGGCGCUGCUCCUCGUGCUGGUGCUGGUUGUCUCUCUGCUCUCCAACCUCCUGGUGCUGCUAUGCUUCGUCUACAGUACGGAGAUCCGCAAGCAGGUCGCCGGGGUUUUCCUGGUGAACUUAUCCUUCUGCAACCUGCUUCUCACAGUUCUGAACAUGCCUUUUACCCUGCUGGGCAUCCUGAGGAACCAGCAACCCCUCGGGGGCUGCGUCUGCAAGGCGGUGGGUUUCCUGGAAACUUUCCUGACUUCCAACACAAUGCUGAGCAUGGCAGCGCUCAGCAUCGACAAAUGGAUUGCCGUGGUGUUCCCCCUAAGCUACACCAGCAAGAUGCGGUAUAAGGACGCUGUGAUACUGAUGGGCUACUCGUGGCUCCACUCCCUCACGUUCCCCUUGGUAUCUUUGUUUUACUCAUGGGUAGAUUACAACAGCGUUUACGCCUCUUGCACCUUACACCUGAAGGAAGAGACAGAGAGGAGAAGGUUUACAGUGUUCACCAUUGUCUUUCACUCCACCAGUUUCAUGCUGUCUCUGGUGAUCUUGUGUUUCACCUAUUUAAAGGUGUUGAAAGUUGCCCGGUUCCACUGCAAGCGGAUAGACAUUAUUACCAUGCAGACUCUGGUUUUGCUGGUGGAUAUCCACCCCAGUGUGAAGCAGCGCUGUCUGAACGAGCAGAAAAGGAGGAGGCAGCGGGCUACCAAGAAAAUCAGUAUUUUUAUAGGGUCGUUCGUGAUCUGUUUUGGUCCUUACAUUAUCACCAGGUUGAUAGAGCUCAUUCCUUUUGUUACCAUAAAUUACUACUGGGGAAUUAUAAGCAAGUGCCUCACCUACAGUAAGGCUGCAUCAGAUCCGUUUGUUUACUCACUUUUACGUCAACAGUACAAAAAAGUUCUGAUCAACAUCGUCAACAGGAUACUGAAGAGGGACCUGUAUCCAUCAUCAGGGUACAACAGUUCUCUUGACACUGAAAACGAUUACUGCUUGCACAGAACAAACUGA